GUGACGUCAGAGCGCGGCAGCGCGGCAGAGACGGGCCGGGGGCUGCGGGCGCCAUGAGCAAAGCGCACCCGCCCGAGCUGAAAAAGUUCAUGGACAAGAAGCUGUCGUUGAAGCUGAACGGCGGCCGGCACGUGCAGGGCAUCCUGCGGGGCUUCGACCCCUUCAUGAACCUGGUGAUCGACGAGUGCGUGGAGAUGGCGGCAGGCGGGCAGCAGAACAACAUCGGCAUGGUGGUGAUCCGAGGGAACAGCAUCAUCAUGCUGGAAGCUUUGGAACGGGUAUAAACCCCUGGAGAACCCCAAAUCCCCACCACCACUUCCAUUCCCUUGUCCACGAUGCCGCCCACGCGUGAACAAUUAUUUUGGUUUUGUUAUUAAAUCAGUUUUGUAAUGGUUGACCUAACUCAAGCCUUUGUCACAUCAAUUUUUGGCAGCUGGGUGUUAAUUCUGCUCCUAACCCUGGGAAAACUCAUGGAAAACCUUUUCAUUUAUGGGAGUGGGUGUUAAAUUUGUGCUAUUUUUGGUGGUUUUCUCUUUCAAAACAUGGACACUUAACAAUU